CCUGCUACCCAGGAUUAAUUCACUCACGCAGAUCGAAUUGUUCGUUACCAGCCGGGAGGCAGAUGUUGUAACCCCAAAUCCUGCUGAUUAAGAGGAACUUGAUUUAGGAAGUGGAUUUAUCACUGGGAAGAAACUUUUGCCCCCGCUCCCAAGAUGUUUCGGGAGAGAAAGUGUCUGUGUCAGAUUCAGCGCCUGUUGUUCAUGGGAUUUCUGAUGCUGUUUGCCACGGUGGUGCUGAAAUACUCCUCCUGGGAAUGCAACUUCAGUGAUCUUGGGAAAGAGACGGUGCAUCUGAAGAGCGAGAGUUGCAAGGAUCAUCUCUACCAGUCUCUGAAGUUGUCUCCUAGCGGCCAGAUCAACUGCUCUCGGAUCAUCAGAGGGGAUGUGGAAGCAGUAGAGGAGGCUCUUUUGAGCAGGCUAGAGACGAAAACCAAAUCGGAGCCUUUAGCCCCAAAAGAUUACGUGAACUUGACUAAGGACUGCACUCACUUUAAAGCGCGCAGGAGGUUUGUUGAGUUCCCACUAAGCAAAGAGGAGGAAGAUUUUCCUAUUGCAUAUUCCAUGGUAGUGCAUGAAAAGAUUGAGAUGUUCGAAAGAUUGUUAAGGUCCAUCUACACGCCCCAGAAUAUAUACUGUGUCCACGUAGAUCUGAAAUCCCCGGACGAAUUCAAGGAGGCAGUCCGAGGGAUCGCCUCCUGCUUCGAAAAUGUCUUUGUGGCCACUAAACUGGAGAGAGUAGUGUACGCAUCCUGGUCCCGGGUCCAAGCGGACCUGAACUGCAUGGAGGAGCUACUCAAGAGCAACGUGCCCUGGAGGUAUCUCUUAAACACUUGCGGCACCGAUUUCCCCAUCAAAACUAACGCCGAGAUUGUCCGAACCCUGAAGUUUCUAAAUGGGAAAAACAAUAUGGAAUCUGAGAAACCCUCGUCGAUCAAGGCGGCUCGCUGGAAGUACCACCACCACGUGGAGAACUCGGUGAUCCGAACCUCCACGGAGAAGAGCCUCCCGCCCCAUGGCUCACCCAUGUUCACAGGCAAUGCCUAUGUUGUGGUCACAAGGGACUUUGUUCAAGCCCUCUUUGAAAACCCGACGGCGCAGCUGCUGCUGGAGUGGUCAAAAGAUACUUACAGCCCAGAUGAAUAUAUUUGGGCCACCCUCCACCGGAUGCCGGGCAUGCCAGGAUCGGUGCCUUAUAACCAUAAGUAUGAGGUCUCUGAUGUCAAUGCUGUUGCUAGAUUGGUGAAGUGGUCCUACCUGGAGGGCGAUGUCAGCAAAGGGGCACCCUACCCUCCGUGUACGGGUGCCCACCAACGGGCCGUCUGUGUGUAUGGGGUAGGUGAUCUUCACUGGAUGCUCCAAAACCAUCAUCUGCUAGCCAACAAGUUUGACCCAAAUGUAGAUGAAACCGCAAUCCAGUGUCUGGAGGAAUAUCUACGUUACAAGUCAGUGUACGGGAAAGAUCUCUGAGAGCACGUCCGGCCCGGCACGGGGAAAACACGAAUCUAGAGAGCGACUUGUAAAGAACUUCGGAAAAAAUGCUAUGCAACAUUUACACAACACCUGGUUUUAACUCGGACUCUAAGCAAGCGGGGGAUUUUGCUCUGCAAAGAGUACUUGUCACUGAAUUGACCGACUUGAAACUAUCGACAGUAUUUUUCCUAUGGUAAAAAUCUUUUAAUAUAUGCUGUCUGAAUUACGGUGAAAGAUACAGCCUCCUGAUUUAAGUACUGAGUCAGAUUCUGCUCCACCUUGAACAGAAAACCUCCAGUAAGUGAUCGCCCUGUCCUUGGCGUGAUUGCUCAGGAUGGAUUUCUAAUAAAAGCCUUUUCAUUUGAAGGAAACAAAGGAAUUUGCUAAUCACUUGGAAUGUCUGUUUAAUUUGCUUCCUCCAUUCUACCGUUGAGGUUGCAUUCUAAAGUAAUGGUGCUUUUGUAGUUUAUGCUAUAAAAUAAGGAGACUUCUAGUAUAGAGGGGGAAAUAAGAUUUAACCUGGUUAUCCAGGCGCAGUCAUUUUCCUAGUGAAGGUUCUCUUCUGUGGGAACCGUAUUAUUCUCACUAUGUGGCUUGAGAGUGUAAUAUUCAGGACCUGCUUAUUCUCAAAUCCGG